AAUCGUUUUGUUAAAUGGUCCUUUUAAGUGUGAUAUAUGUCGCUUCAUUUACAUAUAAAAAUGUGAAUAAUAAGUCAAAAUGUGCCUAAAAUCCAAAUAUUCAUUUAAAAGUAAAAGUUAAGUGUGCUUGAAAAAGAGACCAUAAUAUGCACAGAAAAAUGGAAGGCGGAGAACUUUGUCAUCAAAAAUAGGAAUUUGGUUUAUGGUGCUUCAUAAGCUGAAAAUUUCAACUUUUUAUUUUGAGUAUGAAGCCACCUCUCUUUGCGGAGAAGAAUCCUUUUUAAUCUGCCCUUGAUCCCUAUAUAACAAGUCAUACGCAAACACAUAAAUCAAGCACACAUUCACAUACACACAAAUAAAAAUGGAGCCUUCAAUGCGUCUUGUUUCUGCCGCCUUCGUUCUUGUCUUGCUGUUGGCCACUACAGAGAUGGGGCCAAUGGGUGUUGAGGCAAAGUCCAAGUCAAGCAAGGAAGUUGAGAAAAGGACCUGUGAGGCUGCGAGCGGCAAGUUCAAGGGGAUGUGCUUUUCGUCUAACAACUGUGCAAACACCUGCGCAAGAGAGAAAUUCGAUGGAGGCAAAUGCAAGGGCUUCCGCCGUAGAUGCAUGUGCACCAAAAAGUGCUAAUUGAUUUGUUAAAAGAAAUGUAAGCUGUAUAUGGAUCAUACUUGAGUAAUGAGAUCGAUUGAUAUGAUCCUGUAUUCACUUUUGCGAAUAAAUUGAAUGAUCACGCAUGGAUCAUUAUUCUUA